AUGCUAAAACCCUUCUUACAAAAUGAUACCCUGCGAUCGGAAUUAUCGAACAAGCGUUUUUUUGUAAUAGAUCAUUCGAUUCUGAACAAGUGUAAAAAGGGGAACGGAAGUGUAGUGUGCUCUCCCAUAGCGUUGUUCUACAGACGAAACGAUGACAAAAUCGUUCCCAUCGCCGUACAGCUGUUCCAGGAUAACGCCGACGACAAUCCCGUCUCCUUUCAUUCUGACAGCAAAUACACAUGGAUUCUCGCGAAGAUGUGGUUCAAUAACGCAGACGCAUGCGUCCACCAAUCGAUCAGCCAUCUUGGGUACACACACAUCGUCAUGGAGGGGUUUGCGGUAUCUGUUCACCGACAUCUGUCGCAGUCACACCCGAUGUUUAAACUCAUCGCACCGCACUUAAUGUAUAUGAUGACAAUCAAUGAGCUUGCUGUUGGGACUUUGCUCAAGAAAGGAGGCUUUAUUGACACAGUAGUGUCUGUAGGUACAGAAGGAGCCUUUGAGUACCGAACCAAAUGGAAGCUCAACGUGGAAGGAACGCUCCCGGCCAACCUCAAAGAGAGGGGUGUAGACAGCCCAGAAGUAGUUUCCUACUACCCCUUCCGGGAUGAUACACUUCUGACGUACAACGCAAUCCUGCAAUACGUAACAGAUUACGUGCUCCUAUAUUAUCCAUCCGACACCGUGUUGUCUCAAGACAUUGAGCUACAGAGCUGGCUGGCAGAACUGGACAGACCCAUAGCAAAUGGUGGCCUCGGGGUCCUGGGUGUUGAAGGUGUCAACGGGACGUUUGCGUCACGUGACAAGUUGAUUCAGGUCGUCACGAGCAUCAUUUACACGUGCAGUGCGGGUCACUCGGGUGUGAACUUCAAGCAGUAUGAUGAGUACGCCUUUAUGAUUAACUACCCAUCAAAACUACGAGGAAAUCCGCCUAGCGACAAAAGAAGUCAUUCUGAACGCGACGUGCUGCAAGCCAUUCAAGAUCGCUCUUACCAGUACAAACUUCUGACGAUAGCAAAAAUUAUCAGCGAGCAUUCUUUCGGGAAACCGUUGGGAAACUUUGAAAAAGAUUACGUCUGCGAGCAGAAAGCAUUGGAAAUUGUGAACAAGUUUCGAGAAGAGCUAAAAAAGAUCAAUGCAACCACCCAAGAAAGGAACAGAAAAAGACCAAUCCGCUACGAGUGCAUGCUUCCAAGCUUAAUACCAAAUUCUAUCAGCAUCUAA